AUGUCUGUUUGCGAAUUCAAAUCAGAAUCUUUAUUCGUAUGCUCCUUUUACACUUUGCUCCGUGAUUUUGUGAAUUUUCUUCUAGAAUUCGAAAUUCGUAUCGCUGCUGGAUCAUUAUCGGACUUGUAUUCCCAAUUUUAUAUAAUUGAGCAGAAGAUUAAAAACUAUUAUGAGAACUUGGAAGUUUCUUGUUUGUCUGGAACUUCUUAUUUUUCCGUUUUACUGGAUAUUUUGCUAAAAUUACUUCGAGAAUUUUCUCGAAGAUCUUCCACGUGGCUCAGUUUCAGUAUUGCUUUGAUUCGAACGCUAGUUAUUCAGAAUCCAAUGAAUCCGAAGUUCGAAAAACUUUCAAAUGCCAAAUCAGGAUUUAUAUUUAUCCUAAUUAUCUGGCUUAUCAAUCUAGUUAAGUAA